AUGACGAACAAGACGCUCGACCCGUACACUGCAAAGGCGGAGAACGACAACCUCUCGCCGCAGGAGAAGAUCGAGGGUCUCCACUCUAUCGUGAAGAGCGUCAAGACCGGCAUGCUCACCACGCACACCGCCUCGGGCCAACUCCACUCUCGCGCCAUGGCGCCCGCUGGGCCGUUCAGCCCGACGCAGGCGACGCUCGUUUUCAUCGCGAACAAGGCGUCCGCGAAGUUUGACGAGAUCGAGAACGACGCGCACGUGAACGUGUCGUUCUACGACGAGUCGUCGACCAACUGGGCGUCGUACGCCGGAAUCGCCAAGAUAACUCAGGACAGGGAGAAGAUUGCCAAGCACUGGAGCUCCGCUACUGCUGCAUGGUUUGGUGACCUCGGUGACGGGAUCCACAAGGGCGACCAGCACGAUCCCCGGGUCGCUUUGAUCGAGGUUACCCCGGAGGAGAUCAGGUAUUGGUACUCGACGCGCGGUACGGUUGGCAAGGCGGUGGACGUCGCCUAUAGCGCCGCGACUGGUAACACCGCCGCGCCCGGCGAGUUGAGGACGAUCACCACGGCGGAGAUACAACUCCUCAACGGCGUUCAAUCGAAGUAA